GAGCGGACAGCAUAAAGUUGCUGUGAUGUUUGACACCGUCCCAAUAGUAAAUAUUAUAUGGUUUUUGUUAGCGUUAUGUUUUCUAGUAGCUUUUUGCCUCUGUAAAUUUUCGUUGAAACUGCCUCACAAACUUGAGCAGGUGUUUCAGGAUUUAAUCCGAUAUGGAAAAACUAAGGAAACCAUCAAGCGUCCAAACUGGCAGCUCGUUUUUGAUGUAUCAAAGAGAUUUUUCUGUCAUUUCUACGCGGUGUCGGUCAUGUGGAAUGGGCUCCUCCUACUGCUCUCCCUACGUUCUGUCGUCAUGAAUGAAGCGUUCCCUGAUUGGCUGACUGACACGCUGUGGUUUUUAACUGGCAGCCAAAGAGCUGCUUGGAAUGAAUUACAGCUGUCCGUCGUGAUUCUACAAGUGUUACUAUGGAUCCAUUCCUUUAGGCGGCUAUUGGAGUGCCUGUUUGUCAGUGUAUUCUCCAGUGGGGUUAUCCAUAUCUUCCAGUAUACAUUUGGUUUAUGUUACUACAUCCUUCUUGGACUUACUGUCCUGUGUGUAAAUGGAUCUAUGCCUGAAACAGGGGCUCCAUCUGUCCAUCUCUUUUAUCAUCUUACAUGGCAUCAUGUAAUUGGGACUCUAAUUUUCAUCUGGGCAUCACUCCUCCAGCAUCGGUCACUCUCGCUGCUGGCUAAGCUGAGAACUGACAGCUCGGGUAAAGUAGAAACUCAGGCCCACAAGAUGCCACAUGGGGGCUGGUUUGAGAUGGUCUCUUGUCCUCAUUACCUGGCUGAGCUUCUGAUUUAUGCUGCCAUGAGUGUUUGUUGUGGCUGCCGUUCACUUACCUGGUGGCUGGUGGUACUGUAUGUGCUUUGUAACCAGGCUCUGGCUGCCCAACUCUGUCAUGAUUACUACAGAGGAAAGUUUGAAACAUAUCCUCGUCAACGCAAAGCUUUUAUUCCUUUUGUCUUGUGAUUGUUUUAUGUAAUAAGCUCUUUUAUAUGGAAUAACUGAAUUAAUAAAUAAACCUGACUGCACAAAAUCAUAAA